GACAUCCCAAGGUCUCUGGGCCAGUGAGGGCUGUGGCACAGGAAAACUUGUCCCUGUUCCUGGAUCUAGUUCCAGAGCAUAUGGACUGUGUGGACCAAGAUCUCCGGAGACCAGGAAGCUUGGCACCUGCCAAGGUGACACUGACACCAUCCGGGCUGGUGUGGGACAGCCUUAACCAGGACACUCCUCUCCACGCGGGAGCAGAGACGGAGGUGGCACAGGUGGCCGGGGGUGCUGGACAGCAGGCGGACCCCAGGCAGCCAUCACUCCCAUUUUACAGACAAGAGACGGAGGCUCCAGGAGGCGGAGUGACUGCCCAGGGUCACUCGGUUAGUGAAUGGCCUUGGAACCCAGGUCCACCUGACUCUUCGGACCCUAGCAGAUCUGAGGCCAAACUCCGACCACCACCAGGAGCGGAGACGAUGGCCUCGAAGCCUGAGAAGAGGGUCGCCUCGUCUGUCUUCAUCACGCUAGCACCCCCGCGUCGGGAUGAGGCUGUGGCCGAGGAGGUGAGGCGGGCAGCUCGCGAGGCCCGGCCUGGCCGCUCCCGGGAGCCCCCUGCUCCCACCAAGGCACCCGGGGCUGGCUCGGCAGGGAGGCCCAGCCUUUGGACUCCACCUGCCAAGGCCGCAGCCCCAGGGCCAGCUGUACCAUCUCAGCUCUCCAAUGGAGGGUGUUCUCCCUCUCCUCCUACCCUGGAUGGCGAGGACGCACUCCCGGACCUGGACCUCCUCCCACCUCCGCCGCCGUCCCCUGAUGAGGAGCCCCCUGCCCCGACGGGGGCCUCCCUCAUUUCGGACUUAGAGCAGCUACACCUGCCCCCACCCCCGCCCCCACCACAGUCCCUGGAAGAGAGGCCUCCACUCCAGCCUCGGCCCAGUCCCCCCAGGCCCUCGGAAGAGCUGCCGCCUCCCCCAGAAGAGCCUGUUGGCUUCCACGAGAGAGAGGCAUCCACAGACGUCUGUGCCUUCUGCCACAAGACCGUGUCCCCCCGAGAGCUGGCCGUGGAAGCCAUGAAGAGGCAAUACCACGCUCGGUGCUUUACGUGCCGCACCUGUCGCCGCCAGUUGGCCGGGCAGAGCUUCUACCAGAAGGACGGGCGGCCCCUCUGUGAAUCCUGCUACCAGGACACUCUGGAGAAGUGUGGCAAGUGUGGCGAGGUGGUCCGGGAACACAUCAUCAGGGCCCUGGGCCAGGCCUUCCACCCCACCUGCUUCACCUGUGUAACCUGUGCCCGGUGCAUUGGCGACGAGAGCUUUGCCCUGGACAACCAGAAUGAAGUGUACUGCCUGGACGACUUCUAUAGGAAAUUCGCCCCUGUGUGCAGCAUCUGUGAGAACCCCAUCAUCCCUCGAGACGGGAAGGAUGCCUUCAAAAUCGAGUGCAUGGGGAGGAACUUCCACGAAAAUUGCUACAGGUGCGAGAUGCUGGGGGAGUCCCCGCCCCGUGCGGGCUCCGGGCUGCAGGGCUCAGGCCGGGGUCCAUCCACUUGUGCCUCGUUUCCCGCAGGACUGCAGGACCCUCCUGUCUGUGGAGCCCACAGACCAAGGCUGCUACCCGCUGAACAACCGUCUCUUCUGCAAGCCAUGCCACGUGGAGCGGAGUGCUGCAGGGUGCUGCUGAGGGCCCCCACUGGGCCCUGGGGCCGUGAGCUGCCCACUAGCCCUGGACUGGGGGCGGGGGGGAGGACCUUUCCCGACUCGGUUUGCCUUUCUGACCCACUUUUGCACACUCUCCUUCUGAGCCAUGACAGGGGCCAGCCUGCAGCUCUGCCCACCAUGUCCGGGACGUGAGGGGCUGAGCCACCCCAGCCCCACCCCCCUCCCAGCUCAAAGGCUGCUGGACGGUGCCCCUCAGACUUCCCACUCCUCCUUCUGCCCUCUGGGCUCUGGAAGGCUUCCAUACCUUGAACAUCAUGUCCAGGUUUCCCAUCUCCUAGGGUCGUGCCCCUCUCGAGCACUGGCCUUGACCCCCAUUUCCGUGGGUGAGUUGGGGUGAGUCUUUAGAUGACACCCUGUAGCUGUCCAGUAGGGGGCGUAAGACCAGCUCUGGCUUGCAGGACUGAGCUGUUUGAGUAGAACUCCAGGGUCCUCCUUUAACCGCCCUUUUUUUAAAAUUUUGAGAUUUAUAUGAUGAGAAGCAUUCUUUGGAUUUGGGGCGAGGUGGGGAUCUUAAUAGGAAAUGUUUCAUAAAUGUACAAGAAUGUGACCUAGUGGUGGCAACCGUGGACUUCUCACCAGGGGGACAUGUCACGCUGAUGUGGGCAGCAGACUCAGGCAUGAACCUGAACAGCAGGGGCAGGAGGAGAGGGUGCUGUAUGCUGACGUCCAAGGACGUCAGCAACCCCUCUGCCCUGCCUUCUGGCGCUCCUCCCAUGUGCGACAGUGAUUCAACAGACAUUGAUGAAGUGCCAAUAGUUUGCUGGGGAACAGGGUACCAGGAACUCUGAGUUUUCCUCCUACAGCCUUGACGGGGGCCGUGCGCACAAACCCCCCCACAUGCACACACUCCUCCAAGGACAGUGCCAAGGUUGUCUGUUCAGCCCCCCUGUUUAUGCCCCGCCCCCAAGUCCCACUUGGACCCUCCAACGCAGGCUGCCUUAUGACCACUGCUUCCUCAAGGCUGUACCUAGAAGAUUCUCCUUCCCUUUUAAGGAAAAUCACUUUGUUGCUUUGUAACUUUUUUUUUUUUUAGUGUUUUCAUUUUAUUUUUGAAAGAGAGAGAGACAGACCGACAGAGUGCUAGUGGGGGGAGGGGCAGAGAGAGAAGGAGACACAGAAUCCGAAGCAGGCUCCAGGUUCUGAGCUGUCAGCAGAGAGCCUGAUGCGGGACUCGAACUCACGGACGGUGAGAUCAUGACCUGGGCGGAAGUCGGACACCCAACUGACUGAGACACCCAGGCACUCCUGUUGCUUUGUAACUUGUACCACGUUCUGUAGGGCGUGAACAAAUGGAACAAAGUACUUGCCUCCCUGGGUCGUCUGGAUGCAGCACACGCUCCUCUGCGGAUGCCCUGGGCUCCAAGUACAAGGGCGGGGAGCAGGGUUUCUCUGUAGAGCCCCUUAGGGGCCUCAGAGCAGAGCCCAGCUUCUUAAAGCUUGGGGAGUGAGCCCCACACUCGGGGCCCUCCCAUACCACCUCCACAAUUUUUGUCCUAACCGAGGCUCUCCUCUUCUCUUUUCCUUAAGAUUUCCUUUGACUCACACCUACUUUUUAAUUUUACUUCAAACUUUAGUCCUGUGCUAUGCAAUAUAUCCCGCAGUCACAUGGUGAUGUGCUAGUUAUGUUUUUUCCUGUUACACGUGAAAAUAAACGCAUACCUAGUAGAA